AUGCGCUUCAACGUCAUCGGCCUCUCGGCCCUUCUGGCAGCUACUGCCACUGCUCUCCCCGUCGCCAUUCCCGACGUCCAAACCGUCCAGGAUAUUGUCUGGGAGACCGUCUAUGAGACCGUCUGGCAAACCGCCACCCCGACCAGCGAGGCCAUCUCCGCGCCCACCGCUCCCCUCGCUGUCGAGAACUUCGCCGUUCCUUCUAGCACCGAGACUUCCUCGAGUGUUCCCACUGUCGCCCCGACUUCCACCGCCGUCCCUACCACUAGCGUGCCCACCCUGAGCAUUCCCAGCACAACCAGCGCUCCCACCGUUGUGCCCACCCCCACCAAUGCCCCCGUCUCCAGCGCUCCCGCCAGCACCAGCACUCUGAGCCCCAGCACCGUCUCCUCCGCCCCCAGCGCCACCGGCUCUGGCCUCAACAUCCGCAACAACAUGGACGAGACCGUUUACCUGUGGGUUGUCACCGAGACCCAGGGUGAGAUGCAGACCCUCGCUUCCGGUGAGAGCUUCGACGGCCACACCUGGUUGACCAACUCCAACGGCGGUGGUAUCUCCAUCAAGAUUUCCACCAGUGAGCUGUGUGACAGCGUCCUCCAGUUCGAGUACACCCAGUCCGGUGAUGUCCUGUACUGGGAUCUGUCUUCCAUCAACCUCCUCAAGACCUCCUCUUUCAUCACCGCCGGAUUCGGUGUCACCAUUAGCGACAGCUCUUGCACUGAUGCCACCUGUGCUGCUGGCGAUGCCAACUGCAUCGAGUCUUACCAGCACCCCGAUGAUGUCAACACCCUGGCUUGUGGUAUCAACAACGCCUACACACUCACUCUCGGUUAA